AUGAAUGAAUUGGAAGCUUCGCAGCUUCCGCCGCCUCAGCCCACGACUCCACCGACGGAACCUCCGCCACUCGUGCCUCCGCGGGCGCGCCUGCAGUCGUCGCCGCUGCCGGUCCGGUCACCUGCACCGGACGGGCUCCUCUCGCCGCCGCCGCCGCCGCCGCCGCCGCCGCCGCGUUCCUCCGCAGUGCCGGAACCGAUGGACGCUGAGGUUGCCGUCACGCCGCCGCCGCCGUCGCCAAUGGAGGUCGUUGCUCCACCUCCUCAUCAGAGCAUACCCAGUGGCGGCGCGUGGCCUGGACAGACUGGCCUAAGCUGGCGACAUGGUAUCUGGUUUUCCCAAAGAGGCGAGAUGAUGUAA